GAAAUGACAGGUGCGCGGGCGGGCGUCGUAUAGUCGUAAUAAUCGUAGGGUCCGAUCGUUCAGUCGGCAACUAGCUUGCGCGUGAGUCGAUUGUAUGUACACCUGUGUGUUAAAAAACACGGUGAAACGAAUCAAAGAUACGGUGUAUCGAUGUGCUGUGAGUGUAAUUGUUGAGUGUUUUGUGUCUCUGUGCUUGUCUGUCUGUCCUUCCGGUGGACGUUUUCGAUCACUCUGAGCAGAGCAAUCAAAAUGUCCACGAAGGAGUUCUGAAAAUUAAGAUAUUGAUUGCUAUAGAAAAAUACUUAUGAGGUGAUCAUGGAAGCUUCGUCAUCAGACUACAGUGAUGAAGAAGUGGGGGUGAUAGCCCAAGGUCAAAAACUCUGGGUGAGGGGAGUCAGGCAGCAUACAACCUGCGCUGAUAUUGUCCGAGCACUACAAGAUGCCCCUGAAGCGGGUGGUAUGAGUGACCAGGGUGAAUGGGUGCUAGCAGAGCGGUGGCGAGGGGUAGAGCGACCUUUGCCCCCUGACGCACCCGUUCUGCACAUUUUGGCGGCUUGGGGAGAUGCUAGGCAUGAGGUUCGGUUGUCGUUGCGUCGUUUAUCAAGCGGAGGAGAAGAUGACUCGGGAAGGGAUAGCGAUGGCGGGAGUAAGGGAUCCAGAAGACGUCGACGGAGAGAACCCAGAACAGCCACUCCUCCUCCAAGAGCCAAAAGCGAAGACCCUGCCGCCAGACUCGUGUCUAUUAUACAAUAUCAGAGCAGAACCAUACAUCAACAACUCGACAAGUUAAGAGAGCAAGAAAAACUGAUAGACCACCUUGAAGAUCAAACUCACAAGAGUCGAAUGGAGAAACACGGAACUAACUACCUUCUGGAAUCUUAUCUUCGCGACAUUGGAAGGUGUAGUGAAGUUAAUGACAGUCAAGCGGGCAACAGCGACAGCGGCGUCGGUGUCGGCAGUGGCACGCCGCCGAGACGACAUACGAAACACAAAUCCCGAAGAGAAAGACACCUCAUGAGAGAGCACUAUUUCACUAAAGAGUUAACAAACAUCUGCCAAGUCAAUUCUGAAAGACUAAUGCAGACACAUACCGACACAGAUUCCGAUGCAUCGGCAGACGACUUGACCAAGAUAAGAGAAGAAAUAGAGCUACUAGAGAAACUAGCAAUCAUAAACAAGAGAUUGCACCGCGAGGAAGAACUAGUGGUGAGACUCACGGCAAAAGUCAAAAGAUACACUGAAGAAAACAAAGCGAAUAGCUGCGAGAGUGUAGCGCAAGUGAUGAUGCUUCUCGAUAAAAUAGACAACGAAUUAGGAACAACAGCAAAGGAGAUGAAGGAUAACGCUUUAGAAUUAGAAAAGACAGAGAAGGAAUUAGAAUGUCGGGUGAAACUUUUAGAUGAACUCACUUUAGAACUGGACGAAGAGGAAUUGCAGAAUGCUGUUUUGGAAAGACAAUUGAACGAAGCUUCCAGCCGACAGCCAAUCCUCCUUCAAGAUAGUUACGUACCGGUUUUAGAGCAGCCAAAUUUCGGAUAUGUUCUGGACACUCUUGUAUGAUAGUAAUUGAACAACGAACUUUGACCCAAAGAUACAUUUCAAAUUACCAUACUUAUUUACUGAGUUAGGAUUAUUUACCCAAAAUCCCAAUGUUUAUUUACCAAGUGUAUAUUCUUUUGUAUAUAAUAGUAAUUACGGUGCUCAUGAUCGAACCCCACUGCGAAGUGUAAUUAAACAGAAUUAUUUAAUUAUAUGUACCGUUAUUUUAGAUCUCUGAUUUUAAAUAAUAGAAAUUUCUAGAAUAACUUUUAUAAAAUGAACCAGUUGACGACAUUAAAAAUGAUUACAAAGCAAUUAGACUAAAGAUCCGAUUCUACUUUAGGUAUUAAACAUGAUUAAAUUACGAUGCCAAAUAUAUAUUAAACCACCAAGUUAUAGUAAGCUAGGCCUAGUCAACAUUCGAAUCAAUAACUGUUAGCUCAUUUUUUACUUUUCAUAAACAUUAAUCGUACAAAGUUUUACAUAAGGCAGUCCAAAGGUCUAUACAAUCAAUGUUCGAAAUUUUCUCAGCGAAUUGUUAUUAAAAUAAAAUGUCAUCUGGAUGCUGGAUGGCAAAACUAAUGCUAUGGAAAUAAUUAAAGCCAGGUAUUAUAGAAAUUGCAAAUGUCAGUCUUCUACGGACGGAGCAAAAGUCGUUCAGUUUUCGAACUUUUAAAUUGUGCACUUUUUGCAAUAUUUGUGUAGAAUAAAGAAUAAAUUGAAUAGAAAAAUGUAAUGUGUCAUAAGAGUAAGGGCCAAACCUUUUCGAUAGAGGCCGUUGACCUCCAGGUCAACUCAUGUUACAUUGCAUGCAGUAGUAAGUACUUAACAAUGCCUUAACGGAACUUAAUAAACUCGCAAGACGUUCUAUUCAUAUAGUCUUGUGGCGGAUUGUAAGAACAAUACAGCCAUUGGCAGAAACUUCUACACAGAUUGAUAUAGUCUGUGGUAAAGGAAAGGGAAAACCCGCCAAAAUUUAAACAUGUAAAUUUACAUUCGUAAUAUUCUAAUUGUAAAUGUUAUCUAAAAUAUUAUUAUUUCAUGUUAAAUACUUGCAAAUAAUUCCGUUGUUUAAUUAAACCUUGACAGAUAUGUGAUACGUCGACAUACCCCCAAAGUCUCAUUUUUAUUGGAAUAACAUAUUUGACUGACUUCUUAUAAAGGCUUUAUAAAGCUCCGAUAACUCAUAUGAAUCAAACAUAUAUUAUUAUUAAGUAUCACCAGCAUCUAUUUUCCUUUUCGGGAUCAGUUGGAGUGUAAUCAUGUUUAUUUUAUUAAAAUGAGCUAUCAUAUUCUGUAACCAUAAUGUUAUUCUUGGUGCUAUAAUUAUAAUACUUUAAUAUUAGAAAAUUUCAAACAAUAUGUAACAAAACCGUCCAAAUAUUUUAUGUUAAGUAAAGUGUAUCGAAAUUUUGUAUAGAAUAAAACAAAGAUUUAUAAAGA